GUCAUGUGUGAAAUUAUUUUCGUAAUUAAAAGUGACAUGUGUGGAAGCAGUUUAAUGUUCGGAAACUAAAAGCUUACACUUUAAAUUAAUUAUCUUUCAUUCACCUUCAUAAAUGACCCGAGAUUCUAUAUUCAUUUCACAGGAGAAUAAUCGCCAAAAUUAAUGACGGAAUACCACGAGGAAGUUGGUGUUUACAAUUUUAACAGAUAUAACGAUGGCAGUAACUCAAUUAAGCCAGAAGGAUUAUUUGAAGAAGUAUUUAUCGUCUAAUACCGACGAUAAAAAGAAAAGGAAGAAAAAGAAGCUUCAGAAAGCUGUACACGAAAGGUUUCGUGUAGUGGAUGAUGACAUAGAUUUGAAGAAUAUGCGACCACUUGACGAUGAUGAAUUAGAUUUGUAUCACUUGGCAGAAGAUGGACCACAGAUAGCAGGGAUUAUUGAUGAACGUCCAGAUGAUAUGCGAACACUUGAAGAAUUUCGUGGUUCCAGGAGGUGGAAAGUAAUGUCUGAUGAAUUUGGUAUUGAAGAUAUUAGAGUAACUGCUUUAGAAUAUGGGAAUAAUAAGAUUGUUACAUCAUUGCCUUCAAAGAAUCAUGGAAAGUCAGAUUUGGUUCAGGAGAGAGGACUUGAUUCUUCUAGAGAAAUUAAAAAGACAUCUAGUAAACAUCUGAAUUCAGAUUAUUCACCUGUAAGGAAAUGUGAAGGUGACUUAGAUAUAACACCACCUAGGAGGUCUAGGGUACGUAGUGAUUCAGAUGUUUCUCCAACAAGAAAGCUACAGGCACAGAGAGGUUUGGGUGUGUUACUGCCUAAAAAAGAUGGUAGAGAAACAGAUUCUGAUUCUUCACCUUCAAGGAAAAAUAGACACAGUCCAGCAUCUCUCAAGAGAAGCAAGUUAGAAGUGUCUCCACAAAGAAAAGAAAAGAGUAAAAGGGAGCUCUCACCUGUCAGGAAGAAUAAACGUAAUGCUGAGCUACCUCUUACUAGAAAAUAUAAUCAUGAUUCAGAGAAACCUGUUUCAACUCUGAGAAAAACAAAAUAUGGUGGAUCACCCUCUAGAAAAAACAAGUAUCAUAAUUUAUCACCUCCAAGGAAAUCUAGAAUGCAGAAUGACUUUGAUACUUCACCACCAAGAAAACCCAGGAGAUCAGAAGAAUACGACGACACUCCUCCGAGAAAUUCAAGGAAGCAUGGCAGUAAAAUCAAUAGAGAUCAGAGAAGAUGUAGUGAUUCAGAUGUAUCGCCACCUAGGAAAACCCCAAGACAUGGUUUGCCUUCCAAAGAUAGUUCAAGAACAUUGUCGUCUUUCAAAACAUCAAGGAACAGUGAUGCCAAUCAUCCUGAAGAAUCUCAUACAAAUGAACGGAUUGGAUCAUUUGCAAUAAAAUCAAAGCAAGGAGACUUUAAAAAAUCUGAUAAGACAAAUAAAGACCUUUCGGUCAUAACAGAAUUUGUUUCACCAUCAAUACAUCGCGAUAGAAGUGAGUCACCAUACAGGAAAUACAGACAUCGAAGCUCACCAGAUUUACCACCCAGAAAAUCAAAGGUUCUUGCACAUUCAAGGAACAGUUCAGGUAAUUCACCUCAAAGGGUUUCUAAAAUGUCGAGGAAUGCAGCGUCACCUUCAACUAAGAGGAGCGAUUAUGAUGGGAGAGGGAGAAUUGAAGACAAAUAUGGACACCAAGACAGAAGUGACAAAACGAAAGGCAGAAUGGAGAAGACAUUGGAUGGUAAAAGAGCUGGUUUACAAGCUGCUGGAGAACUGAGACAAGAGUUAUCUGAUUUCAGACGAAGAGAGGAUGAGUUGUUUACUGAGAUGGGUGAUGAUGUAUCUGGGCGAGGAGCUGCAGUCGUCUUAAGAGAUCGUGCGACUGGCAAACGCCGGAACUUGGAAGAGGAAGCAGAACGGAAACAAGACGAAGAUGAAAAACUGAAACAAUACAAAGAAAAAUAUUCAAGAUGGGGUAAAGGGUUGAAACAAGCAGAGGAGCAGGGGGAGAAGUUGCAGCAGGCCCUUCAUGAGAUGUCAAAGCCUUUAGCACGCUAUGCAGACGAUAAAGACUUGGACCAGCAUUUACGUAACCAGGAAGUUGAAGGAGAUCCCAUGUUGGAAUAUAUACGCAGCAAAAAGACAGCAGAGACAACAAAAAGUAAACCAAAAUACCAAGGUUCCUUCCCACCGAAUCGAUUUCAUAUUCCACCAGGCCACAGGUGGGAUGGUGUUGAUCGUUCGAAUGGCUAUGAAAAGCAGUGGUUUGAACGACAGAGUUCACGUAAAGCAGUUGAAGAGGAAGCGUAUAAAUGGAGUACAUCAGAUAUGUAAUAUUCACUUACAUAUGUCACGACCCCAGGAAGUUAGUGCCUUCUUGAUUAAGGUAAUAAUCGCUGUAUGUAGAACGUAGAAAGAGCAGAGUGCGUAGCUUAUGUGUGCGUCAUAAGGAUUUGAUUCAUUGUAUCUGUUUCACUGUUGUGUCAGUGAAUGUAGUUCAAAUUUUCCGAACACUGAAUUGAUUUUAUUUUUCAUUCUCAAACUUGUGGGUCGAAUUUACACGGGAGUCUCCAUCUUCUGUACUGUGAUGAUGACGCUGCCGCCGAAAGUCUGAUGAUUUUAAAGUUGGAUCAUUGAAAAUGGGAGAGUGAAUUUCUGUAUUCAGAAAUAUUUUGUUUGACGUCUGCUUUGCUCAAGUAAUUCACAAUUUUAUUUCAGAUGAUUCCAUUAUGCCUUCAGGAAGUUUUGGCAUUUGAAGCCAUACCAGUAACCACAAAUUUUCUUGAACAUUUGGUUGAUGGAGUUAGUUUUUAAUAAAAGUUUCAUUUUUAGUAUAUUGUAUUACCAUGCAUAUAAAAUCAUCCCUUUUUAGAAGAUUGUUAGGCCUUCAAUAUGUAUAAUCAUCUUUAAUUAAUAUAUAACUUUGGCUUUUGGUGACGAGCCAUGCUGAAUGUUGCAGAUUUUCCAAUGUUUCGGCAAACACUGCAAUUGCCAUCUUCUGGGUGAAUGUGUAUUGAGGACUUAGGAUGCCUUAUAUAGGACAGGCUGUAGAUGGUGACUGGAAUAAGCUUCUUAAAAAUUUCACCAUGAAGAUGACGACUGUAUUGUUUUCAGAAUCAUUGGAUCAUCUACAGAAUUCCAACAUCGCUCUUCCCACAAACCCAAAGUUUUAUACAGAAACCUAAGGACAAUGAUCCUUAAUUAAUGAAGGCCUUGAUAAAAUGUGUUGGUUUUUAUAUAAACGGUCGACAGUUUUGUUGUAAAUAAGUACUGUAAUAUAUUUAUAUUGUAUCUGUAUGAAUCCAUUGUAUCAUUCUUUUAUCACUUCAUUAUUGUUAUAUACGUUAACAUUAAGUGCUAUUUCCAUGUGUAUUGCACUAAAGGCGUAAUAAUGAAUAUUAUACACAUUAUAAAAAACUAUAUAAAGUAUACUAACUCUGAUAGAAUCAAUUGAAGGACGAAGUAAUAAGCUCGUUGAAUCACUAAUAUGACGUCAUGUAUUUACAUUUUUAUUGUCCUCAUUUUGUUGAACAAGCUUCCGUUCUUCUGCGUACUGGUGUCACUUAAACUCACAUUAAUUUAAACUAAAUUUGGCUGUACACUAAUGUUAUUCCUUUCCAUUGUACGCCAUAGUUUGUCGAAAUUAGUUUAUUCUGAUAUUCAGUUAUUAGAAGAAACACUUAAAUUCAGAAGAGUAUUUUUGUUGCGCCAUCGUGCUGUCUGAAACUAGAUACUAUCACGUAUAGUAUUCAUUAAUUUCAUGAAAUUGCUUUUUGACGGUAGUUUUGAUUCAUACACAAUUGCUCCUUUCUAGGUUAGUCACAUGUCUUACAGUAGAUAAUAAUGUUUGUGCAUGGUGGAAUUUCCAUCUGCCAUUUAUUUGUUUAUGUUUACCUUAUUCAUUAGAUCCUGCUACUAGUCCAUAUCCUGAGUCAGAUUAUCCCAGUCUAAGGUCCAUUUUAACUUUAUUUUCCAAUCGAUGCCUGAAUUUUUCAACUGGUCUCUUCCCUAUAGGCAUUCCAAUAAAAAUUUUGAAAGAGUUUCUCAUUUCUCCCAUGCAAGCUACAUACCCUGCUCAUCUCAUCCUUCUUGGUUUGGUCAUCCAAAUAGCAUUUGGUAUAGUGUACAGAUUACGAAACUCCGCAUUUUGUUAUUUUUUUUCAGCAUAGCUGAGAUUAUUUGCAAAUAAUAAUGUCGGUACUUCAGUAUACCAAACCUGUGACAAUAUUAAAAAUAGAUAUUUCUGUGCAUUGGUGA